AUGAAGUGUACAGAUUGUGGAUCUUUACAUCUCGACUCCAGCGAUGGACCAACAGUAUGUAUGGACUGUGGUGGUGUCAUGGAUGAGUCCAAUAUUGUUUCUGAUGUUCAAUUUGAAGAGACAGAUCGUGGAUGUCGUGCAGUUGGACAAUUUUUAUCGUCAGAGUCUCAAGCAGCCAAUUUUCAUAAUUUUGGUAGUGCUUUUCAUCAUGGAAUGAAACAACCAUCACGAGAAAUGACUCAAGCUAAAGCAAGACGAGGAAUUCAAAUUUUGAGUAAUAGUCUUAAUCUUAGUCAUCAAACCUUGGAAAAUGCUUGUGUUUAUUAUAAUAUGGCAUUAAAAAGACAUUUUACCAGAGGAAGAAAAAAUGCAUUGAUUUAUGCAGCUUCAGUUUACAUAGCAUGUCGAAUGGAAGGAACUAUGCAUUUACUCCUGGAUGUUGCUGAUGCAAGUGAAGUAAACGCAUUUGAAUUGGGUAAAACUUAUCUAAGAAUGAUGCAAACACUUAGUUUGACUGUGCCAAGUCUUGAUCCUAGCAUUUUUUUGAUGCGAUUUGUCAAUUCUCUUGACUUUGGUGAUAAAACUCACAUUGUUUAUACUACAGCCAUGAGGUUGUUACAAAGAAUGAUGAGAGACUCAAUUCAUACAGGUAGACGUCCAUCAAGCUUAUGUGGUGCUGCCUUAUUAAUUGCAGGCCGUAUGCAUGAUUUUAAUAGGACUAUUGAUGAUAUUAUUAAAGUUGUUCACUGCCAUCAUGCUACAUUGAAAAAACGUUUACUGGAAUUUAAAGAUACACCUUCUAGUAUGUUGUCUAUUGAAGAAUUUAUGACAGUUGAUUUAGAACAAACCCAUGAUCCUCCAUCAUAUAGAAUUGCUAGAGCUAAAGAUAAGGAGCGUAUUGAUAAGUUUUUUGAAACUAAUGAUAAUGAAAAACUAAUUGAUGAAGUAAAAAGUGCUAUUGAAAAAGAACUCAACAAAAAAAAGAACACUAAAGUUUUUGGUGUUAACUUAGCUGAGAUAGAACGUGGAACAACUGACUUGGUACCUAUUUCUAAUCCCGUUAAUACAGGCCCUUCACUAGAAAUUAUGGGCUUGUCAGAAAAUAAACAUACUUAUGAAGAUGAUGAUGAAGAUGAAGCUAUGUAUAUUGAUGAUAUAGAUGAAGAUGAGAUAGAUUCAUAUAUAUUAUCCAAAGAUGGGCAUCAAAUGAAAAAAGAUAUGUGGAUGAAAAUGCAUGGAUCAGCGUAUAGACAAAUACAAAUUAAUAGAGUUGAAAGAGCCAAAAAUCCCAAAGUGAUCAAAGCCAAAGAAAAAAAAGCUAAAGAUUCAUUAAAAACACCAGCAAAAACUGCAGCUGAAGCUGUUGAACGUGUUUUGAAAAAGAAAAAAUUGUCUUCAAAAAUUAACUAUGAUAUUUUGGAUAAUAUUGACAGUUUUGUAAAUGCAGACUCAUCAUCUUUACCAGAACUCCCGUAAUAAAUAUAAUUUUAUAAUAUAUUGUGUAUAAAUUGUUUUUGUAAUUUAAAAUAUAGUUUUUUUUUUUAAUGGAAAUAUUGAGUUAGAUUUAAAUUUUGAUGCUUUAAUUUAUAGAAAAAUUUU